AUGGACGCCUUCGAAUACACCGCCAACCCCACCAAAGUGGUCUUUGGCAGCGGCGCCCUCGCCAAGCUCCCCGCCAUCCUCGCCUCCCUCCAGCUCUCCCGCCCCCUCCUGCUCUCCACCCCGCAGCAAAUCGACCAAGCAGAGCAGGUCCGCACCCUCCUCGGCGGCGCCGUCGCCGGCCUCUUCAGCGAAGCCACCAUGCACACCCCCGUCGACGUGACGGAGCGCGCCGUAGCUUUUGCCCAAUCCUCGGGCGCCGACUCCCUCGUCUCCCUCGGCGGCGGCAGCACCAUUGGCCUAGGCAAAGCCAUCAGCGUGCGCACCGGCUUGCACAACAUCGCCAUCCCCACCACCUACGCCGGCAGCGAAGUCACCCCGAUCCUCGGCGAGACCGCCGACGGGCUCAAGACCACGCGCAGCGACCCCGCCAUCCUCCCGGGUACCGUCGUCUACGACGUCGACCUCACCAUGACGCUGCCCGCCGGGCUCAGCGCCACCAGCGGCGUCAACGCCAUCGCCCACGCCGUCGAGGCCCUCUACGCCCAAAACGCCAACCCCAUCAUCGCCAUGUUCGCCCAGGAGGGCCUCUGCCACGCCAUCGGCGGCAGCUUCAACCUGCCCCACGCCGAGACCCACACCAUCGUCCUCCCCCACGCUCUCGCCUACAACGCCCCCGCCAUCCCUGUCGCCAUGGCCAAGCUCGCCGAGGCUCUCCCCGGCAGCGAGGGCGACGCUGUGCGCGGCCUCAACACCCUCCUCGACAAGUUGCAGGUCAAGAGGGGCCUGCGCGACCUCGGCAUGAAGGAAGAGGAUAUUGAUAAGGCCGCCGACAUUGCCGUGUCCAAGCCCUACUGGAACCCCCGCCCCGUCGAGAGGAUGCCGUGA